AUACAGCUUGAAACAAAAAUGUUACUGAAGCAAAAUCAUUCCUGGCAGUGGUAUCCAAAAAUACCGACGGACCUAAUUAUCCCCAGAUCUCUAAACCUACACACCCCUCAAAAACAUAACAAGAAAUGGACCAGAAGAAGAAAAUUUUGGUAUUAGGAGGAACUGGUUAUCUAGGGCAACAUCUCUUGGUUAGGUUUUCAGAAGAAAUCAAACAACAACAACAAAAAUAUGAAUUAGCAUUUACUCAUUACUCAACUCCUCCUCAGUCAUUGCUCAAUGAAAUCUCUCCAUCAGUUGCUUUUCGUGUUGAUUUACAAACUGGACAAGGUCUUGAUUCCAUCGCCACUACAUUUGGGCAGCCUGAUGUGAUUGUGAACUGUGCUGCGUUGUCUGUACCUCGUGUAUGCGAAACAGAUCCAACAGCAGCCAUGGCUAUAAAUGUACCAUCUUCUGUGGUGAAAUGGUUAUUAAACUUUGAUGACAGUGUCCUUUUGAUUCAUUUAUCAACUGAUCAAGUUUAUGAAGGAGCCAAAUCAUUCUACAAAGAAGAAGAUGAAACAUUCCCAGUGAAUGUAUAUGGCAAAUCAAAAGUGGCAGCGGAGCAGUUUAUUUCUGCAAGCUGUUCAAAUUAUGCAAUUUUGAGGAGCAGUAUCAUCUAUGGGCCACAAACUAUUUCACCAAUUGCGAAAUCUCUUCCAAUUCAGUGGAUUGAUGGCAUCCUCUUUAAGGGUGCCGAAGUGGAGUUCUUUCAUGAUGAGUUUCGAUGCCCAGUUUUCGUCAAGGAUGUUGUGGAUGUAAUUCUAACUUUGUCUACGAAGUGGAUCUCAGAUAAAGAACAGAUGAAAUUACUAUUAAACGUUGGAGGACCAGAUCGGUUAUCCCGUUUGCAAAUGGCUGAAGCUGUUGCAACUGUUAGAGGAUACAACACAUCAUUACUGAAACCCGUCUCUGCAUCAUCAGUGAAUCGCGGUGUGAACUCCCCUGCCGACAUUUCCAUGGACAUCACCAAACUAGCUCAAACGCUUGGUAUUAAACCGACCCCAUACCUGGAUGGUGUGAGAUUAACUCUUGAUGCAACGCCUCAUCCCUGAACAAAUAAGGACUUGAUGUAAAUCUGUAUUUUUCUCUAUUUCAUUUAACAUUGUCUGGUCAUGUCAGAUUUGCAUGGAAUUCUCUGUGAUAAAUUGUAAUCCAUUUAUUGAAAGUAAAGUAAAUACAUUGCAACUUACUCUCA